AUGCAUCUCCCCCUCCUCCUCCUCGCCCUCGCAACCUCCACACUCGCCGCUCCAACAACCAAAUACCACCCCACCCCCCCAACGCCGUACAACUACAUCGCGCAAACGAAAGCCAGCGGCAUCGCCACGCACCUCGCCAAACGCACCACAGGCGGCGUUACGCUGUCUGAUGGCGUGGGCUUCACGGGCGACGUCUGGUAUGGUGUGCUGCCUUUGGCGGAGUGCAUUGCGUUGAAUUCGUACGCGGGAGAUUUGGGCUCUUUCCAGCCUGAUGAGGGGUUGGAGUGUUAUUUGGGCAAAUGCAACGACGACGAAGACUUUGCGGACUUGUUCAACAACAGUUCCGAGGACUGCGAUCUUCCGGCGGCGUACCCGUGGAUUGGCAAGGUGGAGAGCUUCAUGUGCUUCACGCAGAUCGACACUGGGAUUAGUGACAAGUGA